ACAAAACACAGCUGAGCUGCUGCCGUUGAACUUGAGGCAUUUUGUGUUUUUAUCAUUUCAUGCUCGCAGCCGCUCUGAGUCUGACAGGUUUUCACCUCCGCUGUCUGCACAGGGAAACGAUGAACACACACCUCAUUCUCCUCCACUUCCUCGCGGUGAUUUUCCUGCCGGCAGCCUGGAGUCAGGGCAGCGGCAGUGGUCUGGGUGUGGUGGUGGAGGCCAAGAACGUCACCCGGCAGUUUCGGGGGCCUUUCUCCCCUGCCACAGCCCUCGCAUGGUGUGGAUGCGAGACCGGCUGAAGGACCGCCAGAGGGUGGUCCACUGGGAUCUGGUCCGCAGCAGCCCGGAGUAUUCCGUAGAGAGGGUCCUGGACAUGUCUCCCGGAGCCCACCUACGAGUCUAUAAUGGUUUCAACAAGGGGCGCGUCUCGGUGCCUAGCUCGGCUUUUAACGACGGCAACUUCUCGCUCAUCAUUAACAAUGUGGUCUCCACCGACAGAGGAGUCUACACCUGUAACCUCCACCAUCACUACUGUCAGAUCCAUCAGUCUGUUCAAAUCCAGCUCAACGUCACAAAGUCAGCUCGAAAAGAAAAACGUUACUGGGACGGAGAGAAGACUGUGUUCGUAGUGCUGCUGGGCAGCUCCAUCGUGCUGCCCUGUGUAAACCGGCGCCCCCUGUGGCGCGAGGGUCUUCAGGAGGACCAGCAGCAGGUGGCUCACUGGGACUUCCAGCCCCCAGGUGUGCGUCCUGACAAAGCUGACCGCCUGGUGGACCUGUACGCGUCCGGAGAGCGGCGGGAUUAUGGGCCGCUGUUCGCCCAGAGCAAGAUGAGUGUGACGGAGGACGCCUUCACGCUCGGCGACUUCUCACUGUCCAUCUCUGACCUGAAGCCCGUGAACAAAGGGCUCUACAUCUGCCACCUGCACCACCAUUACUGCGGGCUCCACGAGAGACGCAUUUUCAGGCUGACGGUGGGACCUCCUCCUCCGGCCGCCCCCCCCACGACUGCACCCAGGGUUUUCCACAACAAUGAACCAGAACCAAGGACUGAUGAGGUGGAGAGUCCUCGUGUGGUGAACGUCAUCCUCCCUGAGCAACGCAGCUACUUUGUGCAGCAUCUGGGUUACUUCCUGGCCACGCUGUUACUCUUGGCGAUCAUAGUGGCUGUCGUCGUUGUGCUGACACGGCGACGGAAAAAAAGAGGACUGGAGUAUGAGCUGCGUAGAGAGUAGCGGUAAAACAUCAUCAUCAUCAUCAUCUACCAACAUUCUACCAACUUUAUUUACUUUACCUUAUUUACCGUAACGUCGUUUAUUUUUAUUGACCGCAGAGCGAGCAUGAGCCACGGAGGAGAGCUUUCAUUGGACUGUACAGAACUCAGAGUCUGCAACCAACAACCUCUGAUUUCUGAGUACAAGAACAACCUGCUGAGGGAGAGAGACAUGGCCAAAGACUGCAAUAAAGAUUUCGAUGAGAAGCCGUGGAAGUAAGUGCAAUCUAUCUGAGAAGCUACUGGCAGGUCCAGGGCAAAUGCUGACGAGUCGAAGAAGAUGAACAGGAAGGAGGAAGAGGAGGGAAACCCGCAGGAGACGACAGGAGGAACACUCCCUCUGCUGAACUCUUAGCACCAAGCUUUUUUUGUUUGUUUUUUUCACUAAAAGGCCGUUUUUAUAGUGUACUUUUUUUAACAUAACUACAUUUUUCACCAGCAGGUUUAGUGGUAAAAUUAAGUAUUAUUAGAAUCCUCACUUAUCCGCUGCAGUCAUUAUUGGGUUUAUGUUGAAUGUUAUGCUAUUUUUUCCCCUCUUUCUACUUGUAGUCAUUUUAUUUGUAGUUGAAAUGCAUGCUGUUGUUUCAAGUAUGUUUUAAAUAUACUGUGCUCACAGGACUGCAGGUUCACAGCUGUAAGUAUUUCUCGAAAUUCCCCCCUUUUUUUAUGUACUCUGUGGUACUUUUCUCAGUGGUACUUCACAUUUUGCUGUGUGAGUUACAGUAGGUACAUUCUAGAAACUCUCACCGCUCCAUCAGGUCGUUGACACCAUAUCAGGUACUAAAUUUUGGCAUCAUGGACUAAUAGCUCAGUUUGAAUCUUGAAACUCAGGAAAGGUGUAUUUGCGUUUGAACAGGCCGUAUCGUGGGGUACUGUUCUGGAUCAACCAUGUACGAAGGUUCCCAGUUUAUGAAACACUGAAUGUUUAUUAUUGAAACAAACUGCUAGUUAAUAAUACAGGUUAUACCGAGGCUUCACGGCUCAGUGAGGUGUACUGCAGGAUGAAGUAUGUCUACUACUGCAGUCAUAGUAAAUGACAGUGUAGCCCUGUCUCCCCCUUUCUUCACAUCUGUCUCCUUCUCUCUGUCUUGCUUCUAGCUCACGCUAUCUUUUGUGUUUUUAAUAAAGUGCCUGUACUGAAAGUUCA